CUCAAUUGCAUUCAGGGAUUAGCAGUCGGUUGGGGCAGAGGAAAGAGACACCAACUCUCCCCACUUUAGGUAUCCACUACAAUUACUAUAGUUGCGCUUUUGGCUCUCCUCAAGCGCUCUCUCAGUAAGAUAAUUCAGUUAAACUCGUGCCGCCGGAGUAUUUGGUUCCGUUUGUAAUGAGUAUCUCUCGCGUCGCUAAAUUUGCAAGUAAUAUCACAAAAAUGUCUGCAAAUAUUCCCAAAAUUUCUCUGAGCAAUGGGCAGGAAAUGCCAGUUGUUGGAUUAGGAACGUGGAGAGCUCCAGACAAUGAAGUUGAACUUGCAUUGGAGGCGGCUCUUAAGUGUGGGUAUCGCCAUAUCGAUGCAGCUCCAGUGUAUCUCAAUGAACCGGUCAUUGGCAGAACGCUCAAACGUUUCAUGGAUUCUGGUGAAAUAAAGCGCGAAGAUUUGUUUAUCUGCACAAAAUUGCCUCCUCAUGCCAAUCGUCCAGGAAGUGUGGAGAAGUUCUUGAGGAAGUCCCUGGAGAGUCUCCAGUUGGACUAUGUGGAUUUAUACUUAAUCCACACGCCCUUCACUGUCCCAGAAGUUGAUGGAGAAUUCCUCAGGGACGAAAAUGGAGAUGUUGUUCUCGAAAGAGAUACUGAUCAUGUGGCUACGUGGAAGAGAAUGGAGGAUAUGUUGUCUAUGGGAUUAACCAGGAGUAUUGGGAUCUCAAAUUUCAAUCAGAAUCAAAUUCAACGAAUCCUCGACACUUCCACCAUAAAGCCCGUGAGUUUGCAAAUUGAAGUUCAUUUGUAUUUGCAGCAGAAAAGUCUGAUAGAUUUCUGCAGGAAGAACGACAUUGUGGUCACUGCCUAUUCCCCUCUGGGAUCCAGAGGAAUUGCUGAAUUACAUAAAUCAGCAGGUGUCACACGCGACAUUCCGGAUCUAAUUGAGAAUCCCGAAGUUAUAAAAAUGGCCAGUAAGUACGGGAAGACUCCUGCACAGAUUCUCCUCAAGUACAACGUCCAGAGAGGUCUUGUGGUCAUCCCCAAGAGUACCAAUGAGUCGCGCUUGAGGCAGAACAUUGAAUUAUUUGACUUUACGCUCGUUGAUGAGGACAUGGAUCUCCUGGCUGGACUCAAUGAAAAUAUUCGAGUUUGCGAUUUUUCUUUCUUCAAAGGAAUUAACAAACAUCCUGAAUUUCCAUGGUAAUUGCUGAUGGAUCAACUUCAAAUUUUCCAGUUUUAUUAUUUUUUAUAUCACUUUCUAAAUGGAUGUUCUCGAGUUAGUCGCAUUGAGAGCACGAAUAAAAUCGUCAAGCACAAAA